UAGAUCUCUUAUUAAAUAACAUUGCUGACCAAACUCUUACAAAGCAAACCAAUCUUGAACCACCAAAGUUAAUGGAGAGCUCAAACAGGAGGAGCAACAACCAAUCACAAGAUGACAAGCAAGCUCGUUUCCGAGGCGUUCGAAGGAGACCAUGGGGCAAAUUUGCAGCAGAGAUUCGAGACCCCUCGAGGAACGGUGCCCGUCUUUGGCUUGGGACAUUUGAGACCGCUGAGGAGGCGGCACGGGCUUAUGACCGAGCAGCCUAUAACCUUAGGGGCCAUCUCGCUAUACUCAACUUCCCUAAUGAGUAUUAUUCACGUAUGGAUGACUACUCACUACGCCCUCCUUACGCUUCUUCUUCUUCUUCGUCGUCAUCCGGUUCAACUUCUAUCAAUGCGAGUCGACAAAGCCAAAGAGAAGUUUUCGAGUUUGAGUAUUUGGACGAUAGGGUUCUUGAAGACCUUCUUGAUUCAGAAGAAAGGAAGAGAUAAUCACGGUUAAUUAGUUUUGUUUAGCUAUUUGAUGUGGCACUGUUGUGGCUUUCUACGUGCAUCAUGUGCAUGUAGGUCACUUGAUUAGUACUUUAUUUGGAGUUUUUAUAACGUGCCACGACCAUAAAUUGUAAGAUAAGGCGUACUUUGCGUUUUAAUGAAAUAUGAAGCUUAGA